AAACUUGUAAAUCAUGAGCGUGUCGCUUUAAGGUCGGGCAAGAGGCGCGCCGCCGGCAAAGCGUCCUUUUGGUUUCCAGGGAAACCAGGGAAAAGUAAGAACGCGGACACCAGUGAUAAUUCGUGUGUUGAGCCCGUGGUCUUGUCACUGGAUUGUUCCAACAAAAUUAUAUCGGUGGAUAAAUGUAUUCGCGUUGAUGAAAAUAUACAGCUGGUCAACUUUGCAGUAGUUUGGCAGUGAAGGGAGUGAGAGCGAUGGACAAAGACCAUGCACUGCCACCCCUGUCCCCCAUCCAGUCCUUGGCUGGCACUCCCUGCAAAAGCCUGGCACUCUCCCCCUCUCUGCCCCACUCCUCUGCCACUGUCCCAUCCUCUCCUCCCCUCUCCCCCUCCUCCACCCCGCUCAGCCUCCCCUACACCCACUCCUCCCCCUCCUGCCCCACACCUCCCCAGCCCUUCCUCGCACACACCUCCACCCACUGCCUCGGGUCCCCAGUGUCCUCUUCUGACCAGGAUGACCUCACCUGCCUCAGUUGGCUCCACCAGAGGCGUAACCUGCUUCCCAUGCAACCUCUACUGAAGACCACCAAUUCCUCAUUCUGUGGUGGUGACCCUCACAGCAAUCUCGUGCUGGCCCCACAGGGGGCGCCCUCGUCCUCAUCCUCCUCGUCCCCAGGCAAGCCCCCUUACUCCUUCAGCAGCCUGAUCUUCAUGGCCAUCGAGGAGUCGUCGGAGAAGCAGCUCCCCGUCAAAGGCAUCUACGAGUGGAUCGUCAACACGUUUCCCUACUACCGGGCCGCGCCGGGAGGGUGGAGGAACUCUGUGCGGCACAACCUGUCGCUCAGCAAGAGCUUCCGCCGCAUCAGCAGGGAAAAGAACAAGUCUGGUGGCAAGGGCUCCCUCUGGUGCGUGUGUCCCGAGUAUCGCCCUGCUCUUCUGGAGGUGCUAAAGAAGACACACGGCUGUCACAGCUCCCACAUCCACCAUCUCCUCAACAACUCCACUCUGCCAGAGUCAUCUGAUUACGGCUCGUCUGUCAUUUGUGAAACUGUCGAGAUGUCAGACGCCCUCUCUUCCCAUGAGCACUGCUCCCUGACCCCCGACCACGAGGAGUUGGUGGCCAUUGAGUCCGUCACGCUCCACCACCAAGAGGAGGUGGAGGAGGAGGAGGUGCAUGACGAGGAGGAGCUGAAGGUCUUGAAGCACCAACAGGAGGAGAUGAUGGAGAUGGGAGAAGAAGACGCCAGCGAGGAGAAGGACCCACUGGCCGACAGCGGCUACAUCGAGCUCCACUACUACCAGUACAACCAGUUCCAGUACCUGGUGCUGCCCGGGGACACCGAGCUGGACCUGGAGACGGUGGAGAUCCUGCAGCUGGACGCCGAGGCCCAGGAGGCGGCCGGCUCUCUAUUGGACCUGGCCGGUGGCGGACACUCCGGGUAAUCAGAUGGGCAGACUAGACAGACAGACAGAGAGAGCGUCGACCAUAGAGAGAGGCGAACAAGAAAGUAUCAAGUCCUGCCAUGACUCCUCCUCCUACUCCUGAACAGUCCUGCCAUGAUUGCAACUGAGUGUUGAAAUAACACUGCAAAAAAAAUAUUAAAAAAAUCGAGAGGUGGGACAGAAAAGGUCAGGAGUGAAAAAGUUAAGAGUAAAAAGUCCUGUCAUGUGCUAUGCACAGUGUAUUUUGCUGUGUUAAUUCAACACUGUGAAGUGUUCAUUUUGGCCUUUACGGUGAUGGUUGACUUUGCACAGCAAAAUGUACUGUGUAUUUGUUCCGUGUAUUUGUUCUGUAUCUACCUGUGCUUUCCAAAUAACAUACACGUAAAUGGGUUCGCCAAUUAGCUUGUGAACUUACACAUCAGAUGGAGGAGACGAUUGGCUGUAACAUACUGCAUGUGUGGCAGGACUUUUUGCUUACUUUCUGAACCUAACUUGUCCGUGUGAAGUGGAAAACGAAAACAACAAAAACAAAGGUCAAGCACGGCUACAGUUACUGCAGUUACUGUUACUACUAAAAAAAAACCACACUGAUCACAGAAAGACUGAGGCGACACAAUGGUGAGCUGACUUUUUUCACUUGACAUUGCUUAGAGAUGCUGAGAUCAAUUUGUUACGUGUUUUGUUUGACUGUUAUUUAUGAAAUGAUUUACUGUAUGUUCAAUGUUGACACCACAAAGCUGCCUAGAAGUUGCUCCUGUCACAGAUUUUUUUUUUAAAUAUAGGUGUGGUGGACCUCACAUGAUAAACACAGCCAAUGCACUUAAAACUUUCUUCCUUACAAUUUUAAGUCACUGGAAAGAAUUCCACUCAGAUUUGAGCAGUUGCAAUUCCUUGACAAGAUUUAUGAAAUGAUAAAUAUGUUUGUUUUCCUUCACAUUCUGGACUAGGGGCGGAGCUAGUAGGUGGGGCAGACAGGGCUGUUGCCUCAGGGCCUAGGGCCCUUCUGUAUGUGGUGGGGGCCCUAUCGCGAAAGGGGCCCGCUCUGUGUUUAGCAACAGGGCCCUGUGCACAGUUGCUCCGCCACUGGUCUGGAUAUCAAGGAUAAAUAUACUGUUGCCGGUUGUAAGGGCGAUUUUAUGAUGCUUUCACACACCUGUAAGACUGCCAGUGGUUCCAGUUUGUUUCAGGGAACAAAUAAUGUUUAACUAAUCUUGUUACUGUCCGAGUAGGCCUUGUUCAUGAUGGAUGAUUAUUAAUAAGUUACUUUUGAGACAUUUAGCCGUUGUAGACUUCUUGGUUUAACAUUAUGUGAAUAAUUGAUUUUAUUUUCUCAUGUCGGUGGCCUUCAUCGUGUUUCAAUGAUUAUGACUGUUGCUCAUGUACUGUAUGUGUAUAACGAUUUGCAUGACAAUAAAGAGUUCUUGAAAUGGCAAA